ACUCGACAAAAAUAUUUAUGAAGUCGAAGGGUUCUGAUGGGGAAAAGGUAGACGACGCUCUCUGUCUCUAGACGACGACGACCCUUCCUUCCGUCCGUCCGGAAAGCUUCCGUGGGACGCUUGGGCCAUCAUUAACCAUCCCCAGCCUCAACCUCCCCCACCAUCGCCACCGCUUGCCCCAGACCCGUCAACCACCGCCGGCCGGCGAUGCUCCGGCCGCUGCCGUCCACGUCGACGCGGCGCUUGCUGCAGGGCGGGGGCGGGGGCGGGGGCGACGGCGGCAACCCCAACCGUAUCCCUGGCAUCCCGCCCGCCGAUCCCCCCUCCGGCGGCGUCAGCUCGGAUGUCGUCGUCAUCCUCGCCGCGCUGCUCUGCGCGCUCAUCUGCGUCGUCGGCCUCGCCGCCGUCGCGCGGUGCGCGCGCAACCGACGUAACAGCGGCGGCGGGGGAGGGUCCGACUCCCCGCCGAACAACCCCGCCGACGCCGCGCACUUCGGGGGUGGAGGAGGAGGAGGAGGGAACGCGGGUGAAGCCGGUGGAGUGACGACGACGACGGCGGCGACGACCGCCGCCAAGGGGCUGAAGAAGAAGGCGCUGAAGGCGCUGCCGAAGCUGGCGUACGCGGACGCGGUGGCCGCGGCGGCGGCGGCGAGGGGCACCGUCAUCGGGGAGGCGGAGGAGGGGAAGGUGGAGGUGCUGGCGGAGUGCGCCAUCUGCCUCUCGGAGUUCGGCGAGCGGGAGGAGGUCCGCGUGAUGCCGCAGUGCGGCCAUGGCUUCCACGUCGCCUGCGUCGACACCUGGCUCCGCUCCAACUCCUCCUGCCCCUCCUGCCGCCGCCCCAUCGUCCUCGACGACCCCGCGCCGCCCAAGCGCUGCCGCAAGUGCGAGGCCAUAGUCCUCGAGGCCGUCGUCGCCGCCUCCUCCUCCUCCACCUCCACCUCCGCCGCCGCUGGCGCUGGCGCCGGCGGCGGCAACGGCAGCGGCGGCGGUGGCCGACGUGGAGGCGGAUUCUUGCCGUAGUGUAGGAGGACGGUUUGUGUCCCUGACGGGUGGGGCCCAGGUCGGUGUGCUGAGUAGUUGAGCUGCUCCUUUCCACGCCAUGGCCUACAUGUCAGUAGAGAGCUCUCAAAAGGUUUUCUCAAAAAGAAAAAGAAAAGAGAAAUGGAAAGGAGAAUAAUUAGAACUGUGAA